AUGCGUGGUGGUUGGAAUAGCGACUGGAGCGUGGUGGCUGGAUUAGCGACUGGAGCGCUUUACAAAACGGCGGCCAGCCCUAGGUCGGCGGCUGUUGCCGGAGCUAUUGGUGGAAUAGCGGUGGGAUUAGCCAUGACGGGGAAGCAGAUUUUGAAGAGAUACGUUUUUGUGGCUUUAUUGGUUGAUGAAUAUUUGUUCAGUGUUGCUGCUUCAUCCAAUCUUGCCCUCAAACAGCCCACCAUCAGAGUUGUGGCUAUUAUAGCUGGAGCUUUCAAAAUUGGUGACACUGAAGGAAUAAUUGAUAACAUUAUUCAAUGCAAACUUUACAGACCUGGAUAUGUUGGAUUUGUCUCCAAAUCUUUUUUUUGUACCAAGGAAAAUGAAUACAAUGACCUUGCAAUCAUCUUCUUUAAUACUCAGCAUUUGAUGCCACCAUAUGCUGCUUUCUAUCCACAUGGAGGUGUUUAUGCAAAUCCUGUAGUUCAUCUUCUUGCUAGGACAUGCUAUAACUUUUAUCAGUCCACACCAACAAAGUUCACUGGAGAAAACUACUUCCUCCAUUUAGGGCAGCUAAUGUUCAAGUCAUUAUUUGUCAUCUACACUCGAUGGACAACAACCAAUUUUUUGACAUGGAGGAUUUGUUUUUUACAUGAUAUCUAA